AGCCCUUGUCAUGUGCUGUAGCCGAGGCAGUGGAGCACCAGCCAUAGCGGCAGCAGCAACAACACGGAGCAGCAAGUCAUUUAGUCAGACUGCACCAUUUUCUCCUCACCCUGCAUAGAGGUGCAGCUGCAAUCAGAUGCAAUAAGUCACCUCCCCUUCCCCCCUCCCAAGUGGCUUCUUCCUGGCUUCUGUCAGAGGGACACGAGCUGUCUGGAGGAGCCCCCAGAGACUGGCAAUUCGGUGAGGUGUUUCUAAAGGAUGGAUGUGUCAACCGGUCCGAGCCUGGUGGGCACUGGUGGGCGUGGGAUGGCUGAAGAGAUCCCCUACCACCAGGGACCUCUCACCUGGUAGCUGCGUGCGUGUGUAUAUACGUGUGCGCCCACUGGUACGUGUUGCCGGUAUGUCUUUGCCAAAGGAGUGGGCUGGGGACAUUUGGAUGCUCUGCUGAGUUAUGGGUGCUGCAGAGGCUGGAGCAAGACGGUGACCUAUCAGGGGGCAGAGGAGUGGAUUUUACUGAGAGUGCUUCUAGCUGCCAGCCAUUGCCCUGACAGGGACAAAAAAAAAUCCACCCACAAAUUCAUCCGAGAUCUCUGAUCACCUGGAUUGCUGCUUGGUGGAAACCGAUUCUCAGCAGCUGCUGCUGCCCUGCGCUUUUCCUUCUGCAAGAUGGCUCAUGCUGCUGCUUCCAUUAAAAAAGUUCGGGAGGCUGAACUCGAAGAGAGGGAGAAAAACCUUGAGAGGGAGAGGAAAAAGCAGCGGAAAGUCCCUAGGGAGCGAAUAGAACGGAAAAGAAAGUCUGAUAGCAAUGCAAGUUUUCUCCGAGCUGCCAGAGCUGGCAAUCUGGACAAAGUGGUGGAAUUUCUGAAAGGUGGAAUAGACAUCAAUACCUGCAACCAGAAUGGACUCAAUGCUUUGCAUCUGGCUGCCAAAGAAGGCCAUGUGGGUCUGGUCCAGGAGCUACUGGAGAGGGGGUCAUCGGUGGAUUCUGCCACUAAGAAAGGGAAUACAGCUUUGCAUAUCGCUUCUUUGGCCGGACAAGCUGAAGUAGUCAAAGUCCUGGUUAUGGAAGGAGCCAGCAUUAAUGCACAGUCUCAGAAUGGCUUCACCCCCUUAUAUAUGGCAGCACAAGAGAACCACAUUGAUGUAGUGAAAUAUUUGCUGGAAAAUGGAGCCAAUCAGAGUACGGCUACCGAGGAUGGUUUCACUCCACUGGCUGUGGCUCUGCAGCAAGGGCACAACCAGGCGGUGGCCAUUCUCCUGGAGAAUGACACCAAGGGCAAAGUGAGGCUGCCAGCCUUGCACAUCGCCGCCAGGAAGGAUGACACGAAAUCCGCAGCGCUCUUGCUCCAGAAUGAUCACAACGCUGAUGUCCAGUCCAAGAUGAUGGUGAAUAGGACAACUGAGAGUGGUUUCACUCCACUACACAUAGCUGCGCAUUACGGAAAUGUUAACGUAGCCACCCUUCUUCUCAACCGAGGAGCUGCUGUGGACUUUACAGCCAGGAAUGGAAUCACUCCUCUGCAUGUGGCUUCCAAAAGGGGAAACACCAAUAUGGUGAAGCUCUUGCUGGAUCGUGGAGGUCAGAUCGAUGCCAAAACCAGGGACGGGCUAACACCGCUGCACUGUGCAGCCCGAAGUGGCCAUGACCAGGUGGUCGAACUUCUUCUGGAACGAGGCGCCCCACUAUUAGCUAGGACCAAGAACGGACUUUCUCCACUCCACAUGGCUGCCCAAGGCGAUCACGUGGAAUGCGUCAAACACCUCCUGCAGCACAAGGCGCCCGUAGAUGAUGUCACCUUGGAUUACCUGACGGCCCUCCAUGUUGCUGCGCACUGUGGACAUUACCGUGUGACCAAGCUCCUCCUUGACAAGAGAGCCAAUCCGAACGCACGGGCUCUGAAUGGUUUUACUCCACUGCACAUUGCCUGCAAGAAAAAUCGCAUCAAAGUCAUGGAACUCCUGGUGAAAUAUGGGGCUUCAAUCCAGGCUAUCACAGAGUCUGGCCUCACACCAAUACAUGUGGCUGCAUUCAUGGGCCACUUGAACAUAGUUCUCCUUCUGCUGCAGAAUGGAGCCUCUCCAGAUGUCACUAACAUUCGAGGAGAGACUGCCCUGCAUAUGGCAGCCCGAGCUGGUCAGGUGGAAGUUGUUCGUUGUCUCCUGAGAAACGGUGCCCUCGUCGAUGCCAGAGCCAGGGAGGAACAGACUCCGUUACACAUCGCCUCUCGCCUGGGUAAAACAGAGAUAGUGCAGCUGCUUCUCCAGCACAUGGCUCAUCCAGACGCCGCCACCACCAACGGUUACACCCCCCUGCACAUCUCUGCCAGAGAAGGCCAGGUUGACGUGGCCUCGGUCCUCUUGGAGGCAGGAGCGGCACACUCCUUAGCUACCAAGAAGGGAUUCACACCACUGCACGUAGCAGCCAAAUACGGAAGUCUGGAUGUGGCAAAACUCCUUUUGCAACGCCGUGCUUCCCCGGAUUCUGCAGGCAAGAAUGGCCUCACCCCACUCCACGUUGCUGCUCACUACGACAACCAGAAGGUGGCGCUGCUGUUAUUGGAGAAAGGCGCCUCUCCCCAUGCUACUGCCAAGAACGGCUACACCCCUUUGCAUAUUGCCGCCAAGAAGAAUCAAAUGCAGAUAGCCUCCACGCUACUCAGCUACGGAGCGGAGACCGACAUCGUGACCAAGCAAGGGGUGACACCGCUUCACCUGGCCUCUCAGGAGGGUCACACAGAUAUGGUGACACUGCUCCUGGAGAAAGGCUCCAACAUCCACAUGACGACCAAGAGUGGAUUGACUUCACUGCAUCUUGCAGCCCAAGAGGACAAGGUGAAUGUAGCAGAUAUCCUGGCCAAACAUGGGGCCAACCAGGAUGCACCAACUAAGCUUGGCUAUACUCCUUUAAUUGUGGCCUGUCACUAUGGAAAUGUGAAAAUGGUGAACUUCCUUUUGAAGCAAGGAGCUAAUGUCAAUGCGAAAACCAAGAAUGGCUACACCCCACUGCACCAAGCGGCUCAGCAGGGUCACACUCACAUCAUCAAUAUACUCCUUCAGCACGGGGCCAAGCCCAACGCCACUACCGCUAAUGGCAACACUGCCUUAGCGAUUGCUAAGCGUCUGGGGUACAUCUCAGUGGUUGAUACUCUGAAGGUUGUUACUGAGGAGGUUACCACCACUACAACUACCGUGACCGAAAAACACAAGCUGAAUGUUCCUGAGACGAUGACGGAAGUUCUUGAUGUUUCUGAUGAGGAAGGCGAUGACACGAUGACAGGAGAUGGAGGUGAAUAUCUAAGGCCCGAAGAUCUGAAAGAGCUAGGAGAUGACUCCCUACCCAGCAGCCAUUUCCUGGAUGGUAUGAACUACCUGAGGUACAGCUUAGAGGGAGGAAGAUCUGACAGCCCUGUGCCCGGCCUUCGGUCCUUCAGUUCAGACAGGUCCCACACCCUGAGCCACGCCUCCUUCCUGAGAGAGAGUGCCAUGAUCGAGGACACGGUGAUGAUCCCGAGCAACCAGGUAUCAUCUCUGGCCAAAGAAGCAGAAAGGAAUUCCUAUCGCCUGAGCUGGGGCACUGAAAAUUUGGACAACGUAGCUCUUUCUUCCAGUCCCAUUCAUUCAGGCCGCACCUCUCCAUGUCUUGAUCGUGACAACAGCAGUUUCCUGGUUAGUUUCAUGGUGGACGCCCGGGGUGGAGCGAUGCGUGGCUGUAGGCACAACGGACUCAGGAUCAUCAUUCCACCUCGGAAAUGUACCGCCCCGACCCGAGUCACCUGCCGCCUGGUCAAGCGCCACAGACUGGCCACGAUGCCCCCGAUGGUGGAAGGAGAAGGUCUAGCCAGUCGCUUGAUUGAAGUUGGACCUUCCGGUGCUCAGUUCCUCGGUAAACUUCACCUGCCGACGGCUCCUCCCCCACUUAAUGAGGGAGAAAGCUUGGUCAGCCGAAUCCUUCAGCUGGGGCCUCCUGGAACCAAAUUCCUUGGGCCUGUGAUCGUGGAGAUCCCGCACUUUGCGGCCUUGCGAGGAAGAGAGAGGGAGCUGGUGAUCCUGCGCAGUGAGAAUGGGGACAGCUGGAAGGAGCACUAUUGUGACUACACGGAGGACGAACUCAAUGAAAUCCUCAACGGAAUGGACGAAGUGCUAGACAGCCCAGAGGAACUGGAGAAGAAGCGCAUAUGCCGAAUCAUCACCCGCGACUUCCCCCAGUACUUUGCGGUGGUGUCCCGCGUCAAACAGGACAGCAACCUGAUUGGGCCGGAGGGAGGGGUGCUGAGCAGCACCGUGGCACCCCAGGUGCAGGCUGUCUUCCCUGAAGGAGCACUAACGAAGAGGAUCCGAGUAGGCCUACAGGCUCAACCUAUGCACAGUGAACUUGUGAAGAAGAUCCUAGGCAACAAAGCUACCUUCAGUCCUAUAGUCACUUUGGAACCUAGAAGAAGAAAGUUCCAUAAGCCAAUCACAAUGACUAUUCCUGUCCCCAAAGCUUCCAGUGAUGGAUUAUUGAAUGGCUUUGGGGGCGAUACACCUACGUUAAGAUUACUAUGCAGCAUAACAGGUGGAACGACUCCAGCUCAAUGGGAAGAUAUUACAGGAACUACGCCAUUAACAUUUGUCAACGAAUGUGUUUCCUUCACAACUAAUGUGUCUGCCAGGUUCUGGUUGAUAGACUGCCGGCAAAUCCAGGAAUCUGUGAGUUUUGCUUCACAAGUGUACAGAGAGAUUAUCUGCGUUCCCUACAUGGCCAAAUUUGUCGUGUUUGCCAAAUCACACGAUCCUAUCGAAGCACGAUUAAGAUGUUUCUGCAUGACAGAUGACAAAGUGGACAAAACCCUAGAACAACAGGAGAACUUUGCUGAGGUGGCCAGGAGCAGAGAUGUGGAGGUAUUAGAAGGAAAACCCAUCUACGUUGACUGCUUUGGCAACCUGGUGCCACUGACAAAGAGUGGCCAACAUCAUAUAUUCAGCUUUUUUGCUUUCAAAGAAAAUAGGCUUCCACUCUUUGUCAAGGUGCGGGAUACAACUCAGGAACCUUGUGGACGACUAUCAUUUAUGAAAGAGCCAAAAUCCUCAAGAGGCCUAAUCCAUCAAGCCAUCUGCAACUUAAACAUUACACUUCCGCUAUAUACAAAGGAAUCAGAGUCAGAUCAAGAACAGGAGGAAGAGGUUGAUAUGACAUCCGAAAAACAUGAUGAUGAGACAGAAUCUACAGAGACAUCUGUCGUGAAAAGCCACCUGGUUAAUGAAGUUCCUGUUUUAGCCAGUCCAGACUUGCUUUCUGAAGUGUCUGAGAUGAAACAAGAUUUGAUCAAAAUGACGGCCAUCUUAAGAACAGAUGCUUCUGAAAAGACAGACUCCAUUAAAGGGAAAGAACCAGUCAAGGCAGCUGAUGAGGAGCCCGGAGAGCCCUUUGAAAUUGUUGAAAGGGUAAAAGAGGACUUGGAGAAAGUGAAUGAAAUCCUGAGGAGCGGAACUUGCACCGGAGAAGACAGCCAAAUGCAGAGGUCGCCAACUGGGAAAGAACCAGUGGAAGAAGAUUGGGUCAUUAUCAGUGAUGAGGAGGUGCAGGAGGCUAAACAAAAAGCCCCUUCAGAAGUCUCUGAACCCCCAUGUGUGGAAAUUCAGAUCAAUAAGGAAACAAGAGAAGAAACCAAGAAGGACCCAACUGGGUUGGUGAAUUUCCUGGUGGAGGAGCUAAAUGCGUACGUGACUCUUCCGGAAAUGCAGCCGCAGAGCGUCCAGAAGGACUUGGCAGGAGAGGCGUUUGAAGCGGUGGUCGUCAGCAGGAGGUCUGAGAAAGAAGAACCGGAUGCUCGGCCAGGCAAGACAGAGGACUCAAAGGAACCACCCAAGCCAACGCUGGAAAUCAAAAAGCCAGUUCGGAGGAAAUUGAAAGAAAAGCAAAAACAAAAAGAGGAAAGCGUACAAGAGAGCAAGGAAGCAGCUGGACUUAAAAAGGGUAGCUCAGAGGAGUCAUUAGAUGAGGAGAAGAAGUUAGCACCUGAAGCCAUUCCCACUGCCCGAGCCGUAUCGCCAUUGGUCGAAGAAACCCCCAUUGGCUCCAUAAAAGACAAAGUAAAGGCUCUCCAGAAGCGAGUGGAAGAUGAACAGAAGGGACGCAGUAAGCUUCCUGUCAGGGUCAAAGGGAAAGACGGCACUGGCCAGGAACCCCCUAAAAAGCCAGUCCAUAGAACACAUCCCCCCGCUUCACCGUCUGCUAAGACUGACAGGCGUCCACCAUUUUCAUCCUCAGCGAAGACAGAAAGGCGUUCUCCUGUUUCCCCCUCCGUGAAAACAGAAAGACAUCAACCCGUUUCCCCCUCCCCUAAGACAGACAGGCGCCCGCCAGUUUCCCCCUCCACGAAGACCGAGAAACACCCAGUGGGGUCACCCUCUGCCAAGUCGGAAAAGCAUCCCUCUGGGUCACCCUCGGCUCGGUCCGAAAAACACCAGCCUGUGUCACCAGCCGGCAAGACAGAAAGGCUUGAAGAGACCAUGUCAGUGCGGGAGUUGAUGAAAGCUUUCCAGUCAGGUCAGGAUCCUUCUAAGCAUAAAACUGGAUUGUUUGAGCACAAAUCAGCAAAGCCAAAGCAGCAGCCAGAAAGAGGCAAAGUUCAGGUAGACAAAGAAAGGGGGCAUGCAUUCACCCACAGAGAAGUCCACAAAUCAGACAGCCAGACAAUCAGACGAGGUCAGAGGUUUCCAGUGGCUGGGGCUUCAGAGUCUAGGCGAGGGGCCCGGGCUUCUGCUGGGGGUCCUAAGCGGGAAGAUGCAGUGGGAGGAAAGGAUAAAAGUCUCGGCCUUAAGGUGGUCGAGCCUCCUCACCCGAUAUCCAAAGAAGAAAGUAUCCCAGAGAGUGGACCCGCCAAGGGGAAGGGGGCCGAUGAGCAAGGUGAUCUGGAUCUCCAGAUCAGCCCAGAUAGAAAAACCUCCACCGACUUCUCGGAGGUCAUUAAAGAAGAGCUGGAGGACAAUGACAGAUACCAGCAGUUCCGACAAUCUGAGGAGACCGAGAAAGCGCAGCUUCACUUAGACCAAGUCCUCACGAGCCCUUUCAAUGUGACUUUCCCUGCCGAUUACGUGCAAGAUGGGUUCCCGCCGGUACUCGCUUUACAGACCAGGGCUUUGGAAGGCAGCUCAGAAAGUCUUAAACACGAAGAGGUGGCAGACUCUCCCUGUGGGAGCCUGAUGGAUGGGACACCUCAGAUUAGUUCAGAGGAAAGCUAUAAACACGAGGGUCUGGCGGAGACUCCAGAGACCAGCCCCGAAAGUCUUUCUUUUUCGCCAAAGAAAACAGAGGAGAAAAUUGAUGAAAUCAAAGGAGUGGCAGAAACCCCCGUGGCAGGAGAGCGCUCCUCUGAAAAAGAUGGGAGCGACGCUUCCGAGAAGCCCCUCGCUGCAGACACUGAGUCCGCUGAGCCGUCAGCCACUAGCUUGCCAGAGGAGGAGACGGCCUCGGCUGAUGCCUCAAGCCCCAAGCAAGAAGGGGAGAAUGCUGACUGCGACGGUUAUGUCGCAGCAAUAUCAAAAGGACCUGCUGAGGAAUCCACGUCUGGCGAAGAUCAGCGUAUCGAAAGUGGUUCGGUUUCCACUGCAGAUCCCGAUAGCGGGGACCGAAGAUCUCCAGCCCCAGAACUCAGGGACUCUGUGGAACCGGCAGAUGCGCCUGACCCCUCCGGCAAGGAAGGGGGCAAUACAGAACUGGAAGAACAGCAUGUGGUUAUCAGAAGUCCUCAAGGACUGGAACUCUCACUUCCUUGCCACGAUAACGAAGGUCUCAGUCCAGUAGCCGAUGAGUCAUUGGCGGUCAGCCACAAAGACUCGUUGGAAGCCAGCCCUGUGCUCGAAGACAACUCCUCCCACAAGACUCCCGAUUCCUUGGAGCCGAGUCCUUUGAAAGAAUCUCCUUGCCGGGACUCCCUUGAAAGCAGCCCGGUAGAACCAAAGAUGCAAGUUGGGAUUCUCACGGGACAGGUCUCUCUUCCACCAGCCCCCACCAAAGCCGAAAUGUUUGCGGAAUUGGCUUCCGUGCGUUCCAGGAUUCUCCGUGACCCCGACGGAAGUGCCGAGGAUGACAGCGUGGAGCAAACGUCUCUCAUGGAGAGUUCAGGGAAGAGUCCCCUUUCUCCCGACACUCCUAGCUCCGAAGAGGUUAGCUAUGAAAUCACUCCCAAAGCAACAGACGUACUCGUUCCCAAGCCAGCUGCGAUACCUGAAUGCACAGAAGACGAGGAUUCAGAAAACGGAGAGAAGAAGCGGUUCACUCCUGAAGAGGAGAUGUUUAAGAUGGUCACCAAAAUCAAAAUGUUUGAUGAACUCGAACAAGAGGCAAAACAGAAAAGGGACUGUAAAAAGGAAUCCAGGCAAGAUGAAUCUCCCACCGAGGCCGAACUGGGGGCCGACUCUCCGGUUGAAACCCAAGAGUCCGAGUGUACAGGUGGCGGAGAAGGUGUGCCUGUGGUAGUGACUUCUGAAAGCCGGAAGGCCUCAUCCUCCUCAGAGAGCGAGCCUGAGUUAAAGCAGCUGAAGAAGGACGCUGACGCUUGUCUCUUGAUGGAGCCAGUCAUCCGAGUGCAGCCUCCGUCCCCGCUUCCGACUGGGGUGGAUUCCAGUUCUAGUCCCGAAGAAACAGAAUUCCAACCUAUCGUUUCCAGGCAUUAUACUUUCAAGAUGGAAGAAGAGAGUCAGGAAGAACCCUCUGAGCCAGCAGUGGAAAAGAAAGGCAGCUCCUCUUUGUCCGGGGAUGACCCGGAGGGGUCUACACCAGCUUCUCCAGUUCCCCUUGCUGAGCCAAGCCCAGGAACCGAAAUGGAGGAGGCGAAGCCAUUGUAUGAGGCUACAAGUCCCAGUGACCCGGCCAUGUCACUUGACCCUCGGUUCUGCGAUGCCAGCGAUGACACUACUGAAGGGACGUUAGAGGCCUGUAAAGACUCCAUACUUCAGGAAGAUACUCACCCAAAUGAUGUGGAUUCAACAGAGGGGCAAAAGCAGGAGGACCCGAGCCCCAAAGCAGAGUCCCCUCGUGAGUACGCUCAUUGCUUGCCCUCAGCCCCUACUUGCUCGGCCUCUGAGAGACAGGAACCAAAAUCCUCCACUCCCUCACCUGACAAAAGCUCUGAGAUGCCUGUGGAAGGUUUUGUGUGUGAGGAUGCCGCAGCGGGUUCUCCAGAAGUUCCCACUGUGCCUCAAUCAGACCAGUUGUCCACAGGAAUCUCUGUCCCUGAAGACUGCCCUACUGAUACAGCUGAGGUCUCCACUCCACAGAUAACCAGCCCUUAUGAAAAUGUCCCCACCCAGGCUUUUUUCUCAUAUGAAGAGACCAGGACCCAUAAUGAAGUCAGACAGAUCACAUCCACAUUUUCCUCAGAGGUACAUUCUGUUACAGUCGAAUCGACGGUGGGGCAGACCUUGGUGACGCCUUCCCUCGGUAGAUCUGCACCGGGAGACGACCCCGAUGGGUAUGGGGAAAGAGGUUCGGACCGAACCGAUUCUCUGGGAGAAGGUCAGACCGGUCAGUCCUUCUCCUCUUCCUUAGCAGAGAGUUCGGCAGUGGCUGGUGGGCAAGUCCACACGGUGAUCAUCACGAAAACGGACGUAGACUGUGAUUCUUGGAGUGCCAUUCGGGAAGAUGAUGAAGCAUUUGAGGCGCGAGUGAAAGAAGAAGAGCAAAAGAUAUUUGGUUUGAUGGUCGACAGACAAUCGCAGGGCACGACCCCGGACUCGACACCAGCCAGAACCCCAACGGAAGAGGGGACCCCCACAAGUGAACAAAACCCUUUUCUCUUCCAAGAAGGGAAGUUGUUUGAGAUGACCCGGAGUGGAGCCAUUGAUAUGACCAAAAGGUCCAUGGCUGAUGAAGGUUUCCACUUUUUCCAAAUUGGGCAGCCAUCUAGCCAAGAGGUUCCUUCUGAGGAAAUGAAAGACGGGGCCACCCAAAUGGAUACCCCGCAGGUGGAGAGACCCCUGGAACCACCAGCUCCUGCAGAAUCACAGGAAGGGGAGGUGCAUGAAGCGGACUCACUUCCGGAGGACUCCAGGGAGGACAUGGAGGAAAUGUCUGCCACUGAUGCUGGUGACCCGAAAGCAGAACUUAAAUCUAGAAUUCCAAUUAAGAUGGGUGUUUCGGCUUCCUCAAAAUCAUCAGCAGGAGAGGCGACAUCCCCUGAUGCCCCAGAAGGAGAGUCCUUCUCCACUGUGGAGGCUGGUGAUUUGCCACCCAACAGCGAUGCUCCGGUGCCUUGCCCUGACUCUCCAGAGCCUGUUGUGGAAGUCCAGUUCAAUUUUUCCAAGGUGACCAGGUCUGUAUAUUCCGAACAAGGCGAUGAGUCUCCGGAUUCCUCACCAGAGGAGCCAAAGUCUGUGAUUGAAAUCCCAGCUUCAGCCACAGAGAGUGUGCCUUCCACCGAAAGCAAAUCCAAAAUUCCCAUCCGAACGACACCAGCGGCUUCCCAAUCAUUGCAGCCCUCAGAAAGUGAGCCCUCUCUCUCCGAGGUUUCCCCCGACAGCCCGUGUGGUGAAAGUAAGGAUGAUGAAGCCAAACCAAAGUCAAAAAUUCCCAUCAAAGCGUCCUUCCAAAGAGUCGAGGAACAGUUUACAUACACAGAAGUGUCUGUCCAGAAAACAGAGUCCUCUCUUGCCCUAGACACAUCAAGCCAAACACCGGAUAAUCGAAGCAAAUCGGAAUCGGAUGCGAGCCGGGACUUCAGGACUAAGCAAGCAAUAAAGUCGAGAAGUUUUGCCGAGGUGGAAGCAGAGACCGGACAGUGGCCAGGUGAAAUGCAACUUGAGUUAGAAACUGAUGAGGGGACUAUGAGACCAAAGAUGUUUUCUUCAAGGCUGCCCGUUAAAAGCCGAAGCAUCUCAUCCUCCCACAGCGCCAUUAGCCCCACAAACGAAAGUAAGGAGCACUUCUUUGACCUAUACAAAAACUCUAUCGAGUUCUUUGAGGAAAUUAGCGAUGAAGCCUCCAAACUAGUGGACAGACUUACACAGGCAGAGAGGGAACAAGAACUAGUUUCAGAUGAUGAAAGUAGUAGUGCCCUGGAAGUGUCAGUAAUUGAAAAUGUGCCUCCUGUUGAGACGGAGCAGGCCCUUCCUGAGGACAUCUUUGACACAAGGCCCAUUUGGGAUGAGUCCGUUGAGACUCUGAUUGAGCGCAUUCCUGAUGAAACUGGGCCUGACCCUGCUGAAGAUCCACAGGAUGAGCAAGAGAGGACCGAAGAGAGACUGGCACAUAUUGCUGAUCACCUUGGAUUCAGUUGGACAGAAUUAGCAAGAGAAUUGGAUUUCACGGAAGAGCAAAUACAUCAAAUCCGGAUAGAGAAUCCGAACUCCCUCCAGGACCAGAGCCACGCCCUGUUGAAAUAUUGGCUCGAAAGGGAUGGGAAACAUGCUACAGACACAAACCUCACCGAGUGCUUAACCAAGAUCAACCGAAUGGAUAUUGUUCACCUAAUGGAGGCCAACACUGCUGAACCCCUCCAGGAGCGCGCUAAUCGCAGCUAUGCAGAAAUUGAACAGACAAUCGCCCUGGAUCAUAGUGAAGGGUUUUCAGUGCUCCAAGAAGAGCUGUGCCCGCCGCAACAGAAGAAGGAAGGGGAGCACGCUGUUUCUAAAGAGAGUGAGCUGUCUUCUGAGCAGCCUCCCAUUGUCUCCGAAGAGGACAUUUCUGUCGGUUAUUCUUCCUUCCUCGAUGGCCUCCCCAAGACCGAGGCAGACGUGUCAGUAGCAGAUUUCCUCCAACAACCCCACCCAGAGCAAGAGCCAGAUGAGUUCUCAGGGAAAUUCCAAGACAUUUCGAAAGAUUCAUCUCCUGGAUAUCACCAAGAAUAUUUUGUCACUACUCCGGGAACCGAACAGCCAGAAGCUUCAACAGCUGCCCGAGAAUCUGGCUCUACGCCUGAGGAAAUCACCCCCACUGCUGAAGAGAAAGAAAGGCCAUUUACCCCAGCUUCCAGCGAUCAAGGAGAAUCCCCCAUAGUGCAAGAGCCUGAAGACCUCCAGUUACAGGGGGAAGAGAGUUCCCCUAGGAGAAGUAGCCUUGUGAUCGUGGAAUCAACUGAUGACCAGCCACAAAGAUCGGGACACCACGAUGAAGCCGAUGAGUCUUUUGAAAAGGAGAUAACCAAGGAAUUAGGGGAGCUGGAGGCUAGCUCUGAUGAGGACGCAAUGAUAACUACCAGGGUUGUUCGUCGGCGGGUGAUCAUUCAGGGUGACGAGCUGCCAGAAAUACCACCCGAAACAGUAACGGAAGAGGAGUACACCGACGAACACGGACACACGGUCGUGAAGAAGGUUACCAGGAAAGUCAUUAGACGGUAUAUUUCCCCAGAAGGCACAGAGACAGAAGACAUUACAAUGUUCGGGUCAUCUCAGGAACCUGUCACCAUUGAGGAAGGAGAUGGCUAUUCCAAAGUCGUAAAGCGCAUUGUUCUGAAGAGCGACAGUGAACGAUCUGAGGUAACUUUCUCUGAGCCAGCGGCCUUAGCCAGUGCCUCACAAUUUCAGUCUGAACCAGUGGAAGGCCGCAAGGUCAGCAAAGUUGUUAAGAAAACUAUGGUCCAUGGAGAAAGGAUGGAAAAGCACCUGGGGGAUGCGAGCUUAGCCACUGACCUUCCAUCAGCCAAAGAUGACUUUGAAGAGGACAACAAUGAGUAAAGCCAGCACGGAGAAGAGGAUGGUGGUGAAGGACCAGCAUGGAAAACACGUUCACGUCGAACAACUGGAGGAUGUACCAGAAGCACUAGAUCGAGACGAACUCCAGCACGAUCUCCAGCAACUUCUUAGGCAUUUCUGCAGCGAUGACUGUAAGCAAGAGGCCCAGUGAGGGGCUGCCCUCAUCUCACCCAAGGAAUCCAACCCUUCCCCGGCGCCCCUCCCCAUUCACUCUCUGCCGUCAGUGUAGGGGUCAAGACUUACCCAAUCCAUGGAAGACCCUCCUUUGUCACACGCAGUGAAUUCAGUUUUCUUUUCUCUGCUUUUGUUUUUAACUGUGAGCUAAUUGGUGACCAAAGAGAGCAUCCUUCAUUUUUGGAUGGUUUAUCCACUGUAUCGUUGUCUUCGUGCCGCAUUGGACCUAUGCCACCUCCAUUGUCUCCUUUGCUUCUGCACUAGCUCCAUGGAAAUCCGUGGAUCAAGCCAACUUCACCUGCAGGCCUCUUCAAGGGACUCUUAUCUGCAGCCAGAAAAGGCAUAUCCCCUAAACUGUACAUAGCUAGAGUGCUCAGUCUCAUACAACUUCUAAAAAAAGGCCCACUGCCUCUCAAUUCUCUCGCUUAGAAUGGUGGGAUAAAAGACCUCUAGAAAUUGCUGAACGAUGCUUGAUCCAGCUAUUGCUGAAAAUGCAGAUCUGCUGAGAAAGGAGCACUUCAGACCAAUUGUGACCAUAGGACUUCCAGUUUAGUGAUCUCCGUUGAUAACCUUGAAAUACAGCCCUUUAUCGUGAAAUUACUGCUGACAGUGGCCAGCUCUGCUUUUAAGACUCUUUAACAGGUACUUGGAGAAUUCCUGGGGGGGGGGAGAAAAACACACAAAACAACCAAUUAGGUGAUCAACUUGCUAGCUGCUAUAUCCCUGGGAUGUUGCUUAGUCAGCUCUGAGAUUUGGACCUGUUGGCGGGGUGCAUUAAACGGUUCUAACCACUGAUAGUUUCCUAUUUUCCUCACUGCUUUAGCAAAUCAUGUGGUCUUUACUAGUGAUAUUUUUCUGCUGGCCCCUGCACUGUAGAUAACUAUGGGAAACAAGACUCACCCACUAGACAAAAAGACGAAUUAACUCCUUCACCAUAUUUUUCAUUUUUCAGUAUUGCCUCUUCUCUGAUACAUGCAUGUGGCAUUUAAAGGAAAAAAAAAAAAAAACCAAUCCCCAGAACCUCUUGUAAUCCCAUCGACAGCUUAUUCUCCAUCUUUUGCUCUGAGCACUGAGUGAACAGAUUUUUCCAUCUGCAACUACGUCUCUUGUUUUCAGUUUGCUGAUGGGGUUCAGAAAUCCUUGGACUUUGGUUCGGGUCACUUUGUGGGGUUUGUUUACAUUCUGAACUAACCUUCUAAGGCUCUAAGCAUUACUGCACUUUUCGGGGGGAGGGGGAGGCUUGUGUUAAAGAAGGGAAUAUCAAAAUCUGAAAUCUUUUCUGUGACCUAUAACUUAUCCUACUAGUGGUUGGCGUUGUGUAGCAUUUUAACACAUAUAUAAAUAUAGACCUAUAAACAGCAUAUGUUUUGAAUCAGUUAUUUGAUAAAUGUAUAUUCAGAAAAGAAUGAAAAAAAAAAAUGAGUCAGUCCUCCAGGAACUGAAGUUUUUCCAGUCUCAUCUGGCCUUUUACUAUUGUGCAAAAAUGACUCACUCAGUGCUCUGAAUGUCAAAAACAAAUGCAGCAAACAAUGGCACUUCAUCAUUAAAAUAUCAAUGCCAAGGGAGAGAAACUAUCCUGGGAGGUAAUGGCUAUAAGCCACAACCCCCCAAGACUCCAAAGCUAGCGCUUUUUGGCAGUCAGAUAAGGAAUAAGGGCUCUUUGGCUGACAAAAUGAGUGUGGCCCCUGGUGGACCAUUUCAAGACACACCAUAGCUUUCUUAUUGUCAAGGACCGUACUGGUUGAUCUUUGAUGGGAUUCAAGAAAAGCAUUUCUGUUGUGUUAUUUGCGGUGCAGAUGAUGUCUGUGUAACAACAUAAAUGGUUACUCACCUUUUUUCAUUUUGAUUUUUUUGCUGUGUUAUCAAAGAACUUGAAUACUGUGAGAAGAAGUGAACUUUAAGUUGAUGAAUCAGCAUCUUGUUCCCAUGGUGAUAACACUAAUUGAAUAUAUCUAUGAGGGCAUGUAUUAGUUAAAGAAAAAAAAAAUACAACACUAACAAUACAUAGCUGCAAUGUGUACAAUGGCUGAUUUAAUUAAAUAAAAUGUACAAGUGUUAAAUGUA